AUCUGGUGUUGUUCUGCUUAUGAUUGGAAAUUUUUAUUAUCAACAAUCUCAUCAAUACAUCACUACCAAGACUUACAGUCUACACUAAGCAAUACUCUACAACCUUUCUCCACUUACACUUGUUACAUAACCUACCAAUCACAUUCAAAAUGACUGUCACCUUUAUUGAAACAGACGGCGGUAAGCUUGCCGUUGACAUCGCUGGCGAAGGCCCUCUUGUCAUCUGCUCCCCCGCCAUGGGAGAUUUUCGCGAUGCAUACGAUGCUCUAGCUACUGAGCUUCGUCAAUCUGGCUACAGAGUCGCUAUGGUUGAUCUUAGAGGUCAUGGCGACAGCAGCACUACCUUCAACCGCUACGGCGAUGAAGCUACUGCUGAUGAUCUCAUCACCUUGAUCGACGCUUACGGUGGAGGUCCCGCUGUCUUAGCCGGCGCCUCUCUAUCUGGUGCUGCUGCUACGAUCGCUGCUGGAAGCCAUCCCGAAAAGGUGGCUGGUCUUAUCCUCUUAGGAGCAUUCCUUCGCCCUAGUACUGGCAAGCUCGUGGCCAGUCUCUUCCGCCUCUCUAUGCGCCAACCUAUCGGCCCUAUGAUCUGGAAGUCAUACACUCCGAAGCUCUGGCCUGGUCUCGGCGAUAAGACCCAAGAGCGAGUUGACAGAACCAUCGCCAUGCUGACAGGCCCUGGUCGCUGGAAGGCCUUCCACGCUACACUAUCUACCGACCACGCCGUUGUCGCACCAUACAUUAGCAAAGUCAAAGCCCCCGUAUUGGCCGUCUAUGGAGAUCUCGAUCCUGACUGGACUGAUCCUAUUGAGGAAGCACGCUGGGUGGUUUCGAACUUUGAGGAUGGUGAGGUUGUUGCUGUCAAGGGUGUUGGACAUGCGCCUAUGAUGGAGAAGCCUGAGGAGGUCACACCGGCUGUUCUCAAGUUUUUGAACAGGAUCCGGGACAAUGGUGGUUUCAACCGCGCUUGAGAAGGCUCCAGCUGUGAUGGACUGGGUGGUGGAUAAUUUGGCGAGGGAUGAAUGCAUGGGGAGUAGUCGAUACCACGGCGGGGACAUGCAGAUGCGACCAAUUUAGGUGUUCAUAUUCAAUAGGAUAUAAUGCGAUCAAGAUCAGAAAUGUUUUCCACUUCUUA